AUGGGGCAGAGAAUUGACCAGGACGGGCUGACCCUGCCCGAACGGACCCUCUACCUGGGGCAGGAUGAGGAGAGCGAGAAGAUCCUGGCCGCAUACCGAGUGUUCAUGGAGCGACUGCUCACCCUCCUGGGGGCUGAGAACGUGGAGCAGAAAGCUCAGGAGAUCCUGCAGCUGGAGCAGCACCUCGCCAAUAUCACGGUGUCCGAGUAUGACGACGUGCGCAGGGAUGUUGGCAGCAUGUACCACAAAGUGACUCUGGCUGAGCUGCAGCGCAUCACUCCCACCCUCAAGUGGAAGCGCUUGCUGGAUCGCAUCUUCCAUGACAACUUCUCGGAGGAGGAGGAGGUGGUGCUGCUGGCCACCGACUACAUGCACAAGGUGUCCGACCUCAUCCGUGUGACACCCAGCAGGAUCCUUCACAACUACAUGCUGUGGCGCAUCGUGGUGGUGCUGAGCGAGCACCUCUCCACCCCCUUCCGCGAUGCCAUCCACGAGCUCUCCAAGGAGAUGGAGGGCAAUGAGAAGCAGCUGGAGCCGGGAAAGAUCUGCCUGAGCCAGGCCAACAAGCACUUUGGAAUGGCCCUGGGAGCUCUCUUCGCUGACAUGGGGCGGGCUUAA